CAAAGAGCGAGAAGAGCAGCGGGAAGAGCAGCGGCAAGUCCAGCGAGGCAACGAUAAAGAGACACAGCCUGAGGGACAGCCAGGGCAAAACAUGGUCGGACGGUUUGUCCCUUGUUCCGAGGCGCGAAUCUACGUUCCUUGUCAAGGGCACGAUGUGGAGAGUUCCAAACAACAAGGCCAACGCAGAGCAGUCAAUGUCAUCGGAAACGACAACGAUACGGAUUUCUAGCUCAACAUCGUCAACUGAUCUCGUUGACAAGACUACAGGAACACGGCCGACCCUCUUCCAUUCGAGCAGGACGAGGUCCGGCCGCAUUCUGCCCGAACGCAAAAGUUACGGCGUCCUUGACAUCAAGCCCAAUUGGGAAACCCGCCGUGGGAGUCUUUUUGGAGGGCGAGCGACAAGGGUAUUUGCCGGCGAUCCGGACCUUGAGCAAGCCAUUGCAAAAAGUGGUAUUCCGGCCGCUCUCAAGGAGACGGCAUUCAGCCCUCCGCCAAAGUUUGCGGGAAGAAGAAGAUCGAGGCGCUCUAGCUCCUUUGGGAAAGAGUCUGGCAACGCUUCCAAGCCAGAUGGCGCAAACCUAGUUGUCACGGCAGGCGAGGGGCAUGCCGUGAAGAGCAGACAGUCCAGCCUCAGUUGGAGCCGGCGGGCGGCGGCUGCCGCCUACGGGAUCGGGCGAAGGCUGAAAGAGAGGCGCACGAGCUGGUCAAAGAAUGGCACCAAGAGCAGCAAUGGGAGUGUGGCAGGACAGGAUAGCAUAGGUGUGGCGGCUCCGAACCGUGACGAGUAGGACGUUCUGGUGGCGACGCCAAACUGCCGGCUGCAGCAUCCGCGGCCCGCACGAGUGCUGGACCUGGCAAAGUUUGAGACAUUCGGGAGGGAGAGGUCAAGCGGCGGCGGCGCCCAAGGCGCAAAGCUGUAACCGUCUUAGCCAUCGAGCAAAUGCGCGGGCGGAUGUUUCGCACUUGGGAAUGAAGGGUAUGUUUUCGUUGCCUGGAGGGGCUGGCUGUUUUGAGACGGGCUAAAAAUACUGAUGCUCGUUCCUUUUGGAGGGGGAGCUGAUUCGCAUCAAUAUCAUUGUAAAUAUCCAUCUUGCGC